GGGUUUUCUGGGCUACUACGAUGGCGAUGAGUUUCGAGUGGCCGUGGCAGUACCGCUUCCCGCCCUUCUUUACGUUACAGCCGAACGUGGACACCCGGCAGAAGCAGCUGGCCGCCUGGUGCUCUCUGGUUCUGUCCUUCUGCCGCCUGCACAAACAGUCCAGCAUGACGGUGAUGGAAGCCCAGGAGAGCCCGCUCUUCAACAACGUCAAGCUACAGCGGAAACUUCCUGUGGAGUCAAUUCAGAUUGUAUUAGAAGAAUUGAGAAAGAAAGGGAACCUCGAGUGGUUGGAUAAGAAUAAGUCUAGCUUCCUGAUCAUGUGGCGGAGGCCAGAAGAAUGGGGGAAACUCAUUUAUCAAUGGGUUUCCAGAAGUGGCCAGAAUAACUCUGUGUUUACCCUGUAUGAACUGACCAGUGGGGAAGACACAGAGGAUGAAGAGUUCCAUGGGCUGGAUGAGGCGACCCUGCUGCGCGCUCUGCAGGCCCUGCAGCAUGAGCACAAGGCUGAGAUUAUCACUGUCAGCGAUGGCCGAGGAGUCAAGUUCUUCUAGCAGAGACCGUCUCCUUUACUUCUUACCUCCCACCCUUCCAGGGCUUUCAACAGGAGACAGACCUAGUGUCCCCACAGGCUGGAUCUGUCACUCCACCAGACUCAAAGGGCUCAAGUCCUUAAAGCUCAGACUUAGGGAUGUUUCCCACGGAACCCAUUAUUUCUGUCCCUGGGAUAGGGUAAGCCCACAGUGCCACAGAGAAAAGAUGUGUUUCUUGCCCUACCUCCUUUCCCUUCCUAUACUGUCCCUAAGCCAGGGCCUAUAAACCUGACACUUUA